UAAAAAAGAAAAUAGAUAACAAAACAAAAAAAAUAAAAUAAAGCACGUGCAUUUAUUAGGAAAACUGUUUAAAAAGACAACUUAGCUCUUUCUUUUCUUCCCCACUUCUUUAACAUUUCAGCGCUUAUUAGAUAUCUUCUAUUACGAAAAUGGUUCCAUCAAGGAAUGAGCUAUUUAACCCUUCUUCUAUAUCAGCAAUGGAUGCAGACAUUUCGGAAAAGCGUACUUUUCCGCAUAGUUCACAUUUCAAUCACAGUUCAGGCAGCUCAGAACAUAGCUCUCCUUCUCCUACCUUCAGUAAACCACAGUCUCCUGCUUUCGAUUUACAGAGACCCACCAUUAGCUUGCUUCAACAGCACUGUUCGAUUAAUCGACGAGAGUCUCUUCCUUCUAUCUCAUAUAUCACUCAACCUCUGAUCAGUCAGAAAAACAACGGUCGUCGGCAUUCAAUUGCCAGUCGCGAGAUUUCCGUAUCCUUUUUCUCGUCAACGUUAACAGACAACAGGCUGUCGCUGCAGAAUAAAAGCGACUGUAGGCUUCAUUAUGGAAGUACCAACGGAUCCAGUGUCUAUACGCGUUCACCGGAAUUGAAAAUCAGUCAUAAAUUAGCAGAAAGAAAGAGGCGUAAAGAGAUGAAGAACCUCUUCGAUGACUUGAGAGAUGCAUUAUUCAUUGAUAAGAAUAUAAAAGUGAGUAAGUGGGAAAUACUCAGUAGAGCGGUUAAACAUAUUGAUCAUUUAAAGAAAAGGGAAGCGCAGCAUUUGGUUGAAAAAGAGCAAAUGCAGAAAGAAAUCAAAGAAAUGAAGCAUGUUUAUCACCAAUGAUUAUUUCCGAUAACAGUACUUCCGACGACUUUUCUCACAACAUUUACUUAUAUAUAUCCACAGCUCUGAAAAGAAAUGCGUCUCUAUACCCGCCUUAUCAUCUUUACUUUUCUACAAUAUUGCAUACUUUGUGAAGCUCAAGAAAACGAAAACACUG